UUGGCUGCUGUAAGUUCAGGGAGAGUGAGAUACUGCCCUCUCCUGAUUGGCUGGGAGCAGAAGGGGGCAGGGAAUUUAUGUGAACAUAAAUACAGAGGGCAGCUCUGUCUGAUACUCUCACAUGCAUCUGCUAUCAUCAUCUCUGUGUUUCACUUCAACAUAAACACUUCCAGCUCCAUCACUGCCAUCAAAUCAGAUGUUAUAGAAGAGGAUCAACAGGUGAAGGAGAGGUGAACAAAGAGGGCAGAAGAGACAUCCUUUCAAGCAGUGUUUUUGGGGAGGGAGGGGGAAAGAGUAACAGAACCCCAACAUGUCUUUUGAAGUUAAGGAGAAGACAGAGGUGCGUCUGGUGUUUCUGGGAGCAGCUGGAGUGGGGAAGACAGCCCUGAUCCAACGCUUUCUUAAAGACACUUUUGAGCCCAAGCACCGCCGCACUGUGGAGGAGCUCCACAGGAAGGAGUAUGAGGUUGGGGGUGUCAAAGUCACCAUUAACAUUAUGGACACCAGUGGCAGCUACUCCUUCCCAGCCAUGCGUAAGCUCUCCAUCCAGAACAGCGACGCCUUUGCCCUGGUGUAUGCAGUGAAUGACCCUGAAUCCCUGGAGGCAGUCAAAAGUCUGCGAGAGGAGAUCCUGGAAGUCAAGGAGGACAAGUACACCCCUAUUGUGGUCAUAGGCAACAAGAUCGACCGCCACAAUGAGCGUCAGGUGUCCAGCGAGGACGUGCUGUCCACAGUGGAGCUGGACUGGAACAACAGCUUCCUGGAGUCCUCGGCCAAAGAUAAUGUCAAUGUGCUUGAAGCUUUUCGGGAGCUGCUCCAGCAAGCCAACCUGCCCAGUCGGCUCAGUCCAGCACUGUGCCGCAGACGUGAAACCUUCCCCAAGGAGAGCAACAAACGACCUCCUAUGAACAAGACCAACAGCUGCCUCAUCUCAUAAUGAUGCAGAGCUGCUCAGAGGGCAACAACACAAAAAGAGACUGAAAGAAAUUGCCCAAAAGAGACUGAAAGUGCUUUGUUGACGGGGAUCUGAGUGGAGAGA